AUGACAUUAUGUGCCAUCGGGAUUUCGAGCUUCGGGAUUUCGAACCAAACCCGAAAUAAUCAUACAAAAACUAUAUCGAUUAGUUCAGUUGAUUUUCCUAAUUCAGAUGGGAUAUGGAGAGUCAGUAUUCCAACAAGUGAUAGUGUAAAGUUUGAACAAAUCAAAUCUCCCGAAGGUGACCUGCUAACUACCGUUAAAUCGAGUCAAGAAGUGUUAGUGUCGAGAAAGAGAGAUUGGAUUUUUUAG